AUGUCUGCUCCCCCCUCUACAUCUUCUGCGGGGGCCCCUCUGGAGGGGCCCCCAGGUGAGGGGGGCCCCCUAGAGGGGUACGGCCAGGGCCCCCCACCGAACGAGGGGGGCCCCCAAGCCCCUACAUCGACCAGCGGGGGCCCCCAUGGGUCUUCUUCGCAGUUUCCUAACUCAGAAGGAGGGGCCCCUGGGGGGCCCCUGGGGGCCCCCCCGUCAGGGGGCCCCCCUGGGGGCCCCCAAGAGGGUUCAGUGGGGGCCCCUUCGUCAGGGGGCCCCCCUGUGGGGGGCCCCCAAGAGGGUUCAGUGGGGGCCCCGUCAGACUCGCGGGUCCCCUCUGAAAUACUUAUAAGCGAAGAAGAAGAAGAAGAAGAAGAAGAGGAGGAGGAGGAGGAGGAGUUGAUGAUGUGGGGGGGAGAGGAUAGUGCUGCAGUUUGUUCUGUGCUGCUGCUAAACAAGGAGGAGGAGUUGAUGAUCCCUACCAACAGCAACAGCAAACCACAAAACAGAAACACACCAGCAGCAGCAGCAGCAGCAGCAGCAGCCCUACCAACAGCAACAGCAAACCACAAAACAGAAACACACCAGCAGCAGCAGCAGCAGCAGCAGCAGCAGCAGCAGAUGGUGAUUGAGCAGCAACAGCAUGAGCAGCAGGAAGAGAUGAAAGGGAUGCUGGGAGGAACGCAGCAGCAAAAGCAACCGCAGCAGCAGCAGCAGCAACAGCAGCAGCAGCAAACGCUGGAUCCCUCUCCAUACCCGUUUCCUGCAGCAGCUGACUCCCCUUCAACCACCACUGCUGCUGCUGCUGCUGCUGCUCCUGCUGCUGCUCCUGCUGCUGCUACUCUUGAUGCUGCAGCAACAGAGCAAAGUGCAUCCACAAAGAUAACAGCAGCAGCAGAUAUGCCGCCGUCCUAUGGAGGGGCUGCUGAGGAAGCAAACGAGCCAGCAGCAGCAGCAGCAGCAGCAGCAGCAGAAGCAGAAGCAGAAGCAGCAGCAGCAGCACAUUCUUCCACAGCAGCAGAUUCAGAUGAUCUAGCUGAAGCUGCCCCUGCGCUUAUCGAGCAGCAGCAGCAGCAACAGCAACGACUGCAGCAGCAGCAGCAGCAGCAGCAGCAGCAGCGGAUGCAGAGCCAGCAGCAGCAGCAGCAGCAGCAGCAGCAACAGCAGCAACAGCAGCAGCAGCAGCAGCUGCUGCAGCAACAACACCAGCAACAGAAGCAGCAGCAACAGCGACAGCAGCAUCGGCAACAGCAGCAAAAGUAA